AUGCAGCAAACGGGUGGAUGCGACAGCGGCGGCAAGUCGAUCGAUGUGACGUUCGACAACGCAGCCAAGACGCCAUUGGUCGUCGCUAGUGACAAGACAUUGGUAGGCGAAGGCACGAAAGGUGUGCUGAAUGGCAAAGGUAUCAUUAUCACAGGCAGCAACGUGAUCGUACAGAAUAUCCACAUCACGAACUUGAAUCCGCAUCUAGUGUGGGGUGGAGACGGUAUCACUGUUAGAGGCGAGGGGAACGUCGCACCGAAGGGCGUGUGGAUUGACCACGUUAAAGUCUCCAGUGUCGGUCGCCAGAUGGUUGUCAUCAACUUCUCUGGCGCCACGGGUGUCACGAUCAGUAAUUCGGACUUCGAUGGCAACACCAAGUUCUCAGCUUCGUGCGACGGUCACCACUAUUGGGGGUUCUUGAUCCUGGGUAAAAAGACCGAGCUGAGUCUGGUUGGCAACUACAUUCACCACACUUCAGGUCGGUCGCCCAAGAUCGGAGGUCACGACGGUGAGAUCUCGGUUGUUCACGCUGCCAAUAACUUUUUCUUCGAGAAUUCUGGUCACGCGUUUGACGUGGCAACAGGCGGCUACGUUCUCGCAGAGGGAAACUACUUCGCUUCGCGACUAUCGGUCGUGACUGCGUCUUAA